AUGGCUGACCAGCUUACAGAGGAACAGAUUGCAGAGUUCAAAGAGGCAUUCAGUCUUUUUGAUAAAGAUGGUGACGGAACAAUUACUACAAAAGAGCUGGGCACUGUCAUGCGAUCACUGGGGCAGAACCCAACAGAAGCUGAGUUACAAGACAUGAUCAAUGAAGUUGAUGCAGAUGGCAAUGGCACAAUAGACUUUCCAGAAUUCCUUACCAUGAUGGCUAGAAAAAUGAAAGAUACCGACAGUGAGGAGGAAAUCCGUGAAGCAUUCCGUGUGUUUGAUAAGGACGGCAAUGGGUUUAUUAGUGCUGCUGAGCUGCGACAUGUGAUGACAAACUUGGGUGAAAAGUUGACAGAUGAAGAGGUCGACGAGAUGAUCAGGGAAGCUGAUAUUGAUGGUGAUGGUCAGGUUAAUUAUGAAGAAUUUGUGACGAUGAUGACAUCCAAGUAA